CUCAUAAUGAGGAGAGACGAUCGAGUUUUCGCUGGCCGUGCCGUGACAUGAGCUGCGCUUUGUACGCUCGAUUUGUCAAGAGGGAGACAAGCGUAACGUAGCGGAGCCGCGCCGCGCCGGAUGCCGCUGCGUUAAUUCGUGUUCGUCGGCCGUGAAACGACGACCCGAAAGAAACUGGAGGAUCCGCGGACUUGAGGGGGAACGAGGGUAGUACGGGCGACCGGCCGUCGAUCCCGUGAUCUGCGAUGUGGCGAGCAUUGCGGGCCGCUGGCUGUCCGGCGGCGGUGCUCGCGCGUCUCGUGACGGCCGUGACGGCGAAUUAUCGGAGACACGAGGGGUGAGGUAGUCGAUGUACGAGUAGCUCGAGAGUUUUCAUCCCGAGCCGCCCACGAACCAGAAAACCGGCGACGACGACGACGACGAUCGUCGGUGUCGACGCAUAGGUAAAUACCACUCGUUAGAGAUCGGCACACAAUGGCAUCGCAGAGUCAGAGCACUACCGUGAGCGUCACCUCGCCCGGUGUCACGACGGCGACGACGGCCAAUGGACCGCCGACGACGUCGGCGCCGUCGCUUGGUGUUACCGUCCCGACCACCGCGGCCGCCAUCUCGGCCGCGAAGACCCAGACUAUCGCUGUUUGUGCUCAGCCCUCACAAUCUCAGCAACAGCAGCCCAACAAUAUUGAGCCGCUGGAUAAGAGUUCCUCUAAUACUCUCAAGCGCAAUCCAAAGAAGGAGUUAAGCAAAACUGAUUUGUUAAUAUUAUUGGGACAUCUAGAAGGAGAACUCCAAGCGAGGGACAUUGUGAUAGCAGCAUUAAAAUCAGAAAAAAUGAAACAUCUUUUAAGUUCUCGGUAUCUUAGCAGUACUGCAGAUCCACAUGCAGCACUAGCUAGAGAUGUUGCAAUAGUAGGUGGUGUUAUUGGAAUUGAAGGAAAUCAAAUUGAUCAACAAGUAGCUAGUCUAGAAGCAUUGGUGAUGCAACAGAGAAAGGCGCAAUGUAGAAUGACAAAAGUCCUUAGAGAUGCUGAAAUUAGGCAUAGAGCAGUGAUUAAAGAAUUAGAAGAAGAAAAACGAAAACAUGAACAUGAUACUGCUCAAGGUGAUGAUAUCACUUAUGGUCUUGAGAAGGAGCGAACAAGAUUGAAGAAGGAGUUAGAAUUAGAAAAACAAGAAAAGAAGAGAUUGGAGAUGGAAUUAAAAAAGGUUAACGAUCAUCUCGAGGAAGAGAAAAAUCGACAAAAACAAAUAGUAUUGCUCCUCUUAGCAGAACGGAAAAAAAUUAUCAUGAAGUAUAUUGAGGAGAGGAAACGAUCUGAAGAUUUAGCUCAAAUUCUCAGUGAAGAAAAAGUAAGGAUAGAUUCAAUGGCCGAAGGCCUCGAGGAAGAGAGUAAGAAAUCAUUACAGAUGGAAGCGGAAUUGGAAAAACAAUUAGCACAAUUCGAUAUGGAGAGGCAACAAUAUCGACAGGCUCUUACAAAAGAGGAAAAGAGGGCAAAAGACCUUGAGAUGGAAUUGGAAAAGUUACGAGCCGAGAUGGAUACGUGGAAAGAGUCGCAGGCUCGUGGUCCUGCCAGAGGAGUUGGUGUAACUCCACCACCACCACCUGCAAAACCAGCGAAUUUAGUACCUAUGCCGACACUCAGGCCGGCUAGUGCACCGCAAGCAAUGAAAGGAACAGUCUUAGGUACAGGGACACCCAUGGUUAGUAGUAAAGUUGUUCAACCCACUGCCACAGUGUCCAGUGUUCCUGUCAGUGGACCAACCACUGGAAUUGCUAGAUCAGUAGCACCUGGACAGGCACUUCGUGGGGUCGCCUAUACGCCUAAUUUAACAUCUGUAGGUGGAGAGUCUACAGCUCCUCCAGAUACACAGGCUGUAGACAAGCGACAACCGGUUGUACCUGCUCCUGUUAGUACCACCGCUGCGGCUAAGCUUAUCACGUCAUCGCAAGCCGCUGCUGCAGCGGGGAAGCUCGGCUUUCAUGUCGGCCAGUCUGCUGCGAGUCCCGCCGUCAGCCCCGCUGUUCAAGCACCCACCGCCGGUGGUGGUUUACUGCCGGCGAAAAAGCCGCCAAUCUCGCGCGGCGUGCCGCCCCCGGUACCACCGAAUAAGCCCGUGGUACCGCCGAAAAAGGAGGCGGCCGUUUAUCUCAGAAGACCGGAAUUGCAAUCGCAAAGCGGGCCGCAGCAGGACACCAUCAAGUAUACUAAACAGACUGUCCCAUCGCACGGAAGUAUCACGGCGACGAGCGGAGUCGCUCCUCCCGUACAGGCGCAUCAGCAACCCCUUCCGGCGAGCACCAUCCAAGCUGCCGCCGACGAAGAGGUCAGUAAUAAGAUGGCGGAUUCAAGAUAGAUAUUAGAUUAGUACGAAAUGAUUGUUUGUAGGAUAAAGAUGCAUCUAUUAAACACGCACUCUCUCUCCAACAGAUGCAUAAUAAAUAAUAUAAAGAUAUACACAAUCCAAACACACACUUUAUAUGUGUUCAAUAUACAGAACAUUGUGUGAAUGUUAUUUCAGCCAAAGCCGCGUUGAAAGAAAGAAUAUAAAAGCGUGUGAACAUAUAUAUGAUCGAGAUAUAUAAUAGAAAACAAUAAAACAAUGCUUGGAAUGUUGGAUUUGCUACGAUGCGGAAGAUUUCGUAUUUGCAAAAGAUUAUUUCUAAAAUUAUCAAGAAGAAAAAUAGAGAGAGAAAGAGAAAGGAGAGGUGCUUUGUACAUUCGAUAAACUUUCUAUGACCGUGUCUAUUUAGGAUGACGGUACGUGUUGUAUAAAUUACGAUUAGAUCUCAUUACGGUCAGCGGCAUCCGUUGAAAUGAUUCUAUUUGCAACCGAAGGCAUUUGUAAUUAAGUAGAGAUAUUUCUCAGAUAUGUAAGGUAGCUGUUGUAGGUUCCUAGCUCAUUCUAUACGAUUUAUUUGAACGAUGAAAUUAAUUGAAUGAUCGCCAUGGCUCGAACAUUAAUUAUCAUUAAUACAUAUGAGCCGUUUUAGGCGAGUAUGAGCAUUUACAUGACGGAGAUUGCUAAUCUUACAUUUGCAAAAGCUUUUGGAGUUACUACUGGCAGUUCAAUGUUAUUUAACAUCAAUUCUAAUUAAUUGAAUUUUUCUUUUCUAUUUUACGAUCGGUAACGCAAAACGAGAUGAAUCCACUUUUCGCAAAUCCUAUUGGCUUUAUAUAAAAUCUUUAUUUUUAUUAUAUAUACAUAUAUAUUUUU